UGAAGUGUUCUCGUCAUUAACAUUCUGUAAAACGAAUCUCUUCUUGUGCCUUUCCUCCCUCGUCUGGCCUUUAAACAACAUGUGGACUCCUGCAAAUGGACGUCACGCCAAAUACUAAGGAGUGUUUAGCUGAGAAGUUCGUCCAGUUGCAGGAACUUGAGCACGAUGUCCGUUUCAGUACAGCAGAGAGAUGCGUGGUUACCCCCAGACUGGGAGGAUGAUGAGCGUAUGGCUUUCUUAUUCUCUGCCUUUAAAGAAAACCGAGAUGUAGACUGUACAGACUGGGAUGGGAAGAUCGACUUCUGGAGCCCUCUGAUCAUUAAUCACUGCAGGCGACGCGGUUCAGUAUGUGUGAAUCUGCAGGACCUAAAUGAGAAUUUCAGAAGAAAGGGGACUGUACCUCUGGGCUUGAGUACUGUAAUUCAGAGCAUGAUCAGGAGUGGGAAGGUGCAGAAGGAAUCAGAGUAUGCUGCAAAUGUAGACUUGGGCUGGUUGUCGUGGGGUCUUGGACUCUUGUUAGUUCGGCCUCUGAAAUGGACUCUGUCUGCUCUGCUGGGCAGUGGAAGAGUUCCUCUAGAGGAGUCGUUUGUUGUGAUAGAUCUGGUAAAAGAAAAGGCAGCAGCACUUUUGGUGGCAUACCGGAGUUCUCCGUUAGCAGAACGCUCUCUGCUGUCUUUCCAUGAGAUGCGUGCUCUCUCCAGUCACAUCUGUCCAGAUGAAAGCACACUUUGCAUGGCCCUGCUACAGCUACAGAGGGAAAAACAUGUAACAGUUUCACUCCAUGAGGGCGAAAAGCUGGUGAAAUUUAGUCAGACAGGGCAAAGCCGCGUGUCUCCCGUCAGCGAGGUGGACCUGGGCAUUUAUCAGCUACAGCGCAGUGAGAAACUUCUGGAAGAGAGGGUGGAGGCGUUGGGACAGGAAGCAGAAAAGUGCAAACAACAGGCAAAAGCUCUGCUUAAAGAAGGGAAGAAAUCCCAGGCCCUGAGGUGUUUACGUGGAGGCAAGCGGGUGGAGAAGAAAGCAAAUCGUCUCUCCGCUCAGCUUGAGACUGUGAAGGGGAUCCUGGAAAGGAUAGCAAACUCCCAAACCGAUCGCCUGGUGAUGCAGGCAUACCAGGCUGGUGUGGCAGCUCUAAGAAUCUCAUUGAAGGGUGUAACUGUGGAGCGGGCAGAGAACCUGGUUGAUCAGAUACAGGAGUUGUGCGACACUCAGGAUGAAGUUAACCAGACUCUUGCCAGUGGAGCACUGGAUUCUGGUGGGGACUCAGAUGAGCUGGAGGAAGAGCUGAAGUCAUUAUUGGAGAAAAACGAUGUGCUACCGGAGGUCCCCACACAUUCUGUUUCUCCAGCAAGAAAAACGGGUAUCUCCGAUUAUUUUCUCCAGUCUUUGCCCUCGGUGCCUGAUGGCAGCCUAAGCAUCACAGACGAGGAGUUGGAAAGAGAACUAAGUCAGCUUUCAGUCUCUGACACAGCUGUACAGAAAGGAAGCAUUUCUGCUCAGAGGAGGCUCGAGCCGGCACAGUGACGUUUCAGUACAAGUAUUCACUAAAAUGGAAAAAUUAAUCAUAAUAUACUGAGAAAGCCAUUAAAUACAUGUGUCCAUUCAUUGUAAAACGCCCUUUUAGAGCUGCUCAGGAUAUAGUCCAAAAACCCAAAAGUCUAAUUUGCCAUGGGUUCCCUAUGGAUUGUCCUUUUGGGUUUUUAAAAUGGGGUUUUUGAACUUUUGUAUAAAAUAAGGUCUGUUCGAAACAUUACUUGACUGAGUUGACUGUGCGUAAUUUGCUGUAGAACAAAACGCCCUGGCAUCGUCAAGUAAUAUUUACUACAAAACUUAUUUUACACACAAAAUCAAAAACCCCAUUAUAAAACACGUUGGAAAAUCUGAGGGGUCCCAUGGCAAAUUAUAGUUCCGGGUUCGCCUACAAAUUGAUGUCAAGGCUGAACAGCUCUAUUCUUGUUUGAAAUAGCAUGUUUAUUUUUGUUUUUUAAACAAAGUUUUAAUAGUGGCCUUUUUGAGUUUGUAAAGUCUGUAAAAUGUAUUAUUCUAAUAAAAAUGACAAAUUAUGAUGCCAAAUAAAAGUAUAUUGUUAGUGCAUAUUGUUUUGAGGAGUGAGAUGUACACAGAGAUGUUGAUUUUAAAUCAUAAAAACAUUGUUUAUAUCGGUAUGUUUUUUUUAUGCAAAAUAGCAAGAUGUGUUUGGUUGACCAGAUGCGUUCUAUAUUUAAUCAACCAAUAGGGAUUAUCUGACCAGCCCCUCGUUAUAUGUGAGGAAGGCGUGCAGAAAUAAAUAUGGAAGGAAAUGAAAGAAUAAAUAAUUCUCGAAAUGCAUAAAUGUAUGACUACAGAAAUCAUUUUAUAAAUAAAGAGGAAAAUAUAAUGU